AAAAAAAAAAAGCACAAAGAAACAAAAAAUCAGAGUGAAGAGGAAAAUCCAGACUAGAGACGCCAAACUCUUUUCAGUCCCAACGAGAAUGGCAACGGCUUUCUCUUUUGCCCAAACUGUUCUCUUCUCCAAAACCUCACUCUCUCUCCGCACCAAUGCCCUCAGAAGCUUAACCUUCUGCCUACCUUUCUCUUCUUCUUCUGCAGCUCUUGCCUCUGAUAAGCCUCACAGCAAAAAAUGGAGGCAGCCAGUGACUUCGGCGCUGGAGCUCGGCGGCGUCAAGAUUGCUAAAGAUGAUGUGUUGAGGGAUGACCCCACAAACAAUGUUCCGGAUACAAUUUUUGCAAAGCUUGGAAUGCAACUGCAUAGAAGAGAUCAGCACCCACUUGGAAUUCUGAAGAAUGCUAUAUAUGAAUACUUUGACACCAAUCACUCAAACAAGUUUGAUAAGUUCGAUGAUCUUUGCCCACUUGUAUCUGUUAAGGAGAAUUUUGAUGAUGUAUUAGUUCCUGCUGAUCACGUGAGUCGAAGUUAUAAUGAUACAUACUAUGUGGACUCUCAAACAGUUUUGAGGUGCCAUACAAGUGCUCAUCAGGCAGAGUUAUUGAGAAGAGGACAUACUCAUUUCCUUGUAACUGGAGAUGUGUACCGUAGGGAUUCCAUCGACUCUACACAUUACCCUGUGUUCCAUCAGAUGGAAGGGGUCCGUGUUUUUUCUCCAGAAGAUUGGGCAGCAUCUGGGGCAGAUGCAACAUCUUAUGUAGCUGAGGACUUGAAGAAAUGCCUUGAGGGCUUGGCACGCCACCUAUUUGGUGCUGUGGAGAUGCGCUGGGUUGAUACAUACUUUCCAUUUACCAAUCCAUCAUUUGAACUUGAGAUUUUCUUUCAGGAAAAGUGGUUGGAGGUUUUGGGUUGCGGAGUAACAGAACAAGAAAUCUUGAAGAGAAGUGGCAAAACAAACAAUGUUGCUUGGGCUUUCGGACUUGGAUUGGAGCGGCUGGCAAUGGUUCUAUUUGAAAUCCCUGAUAUUCGCCUUUUCUGGUCAACUGAUGAGAGGUUUACCUCGCAGUUUUUGAAAGGGCAGCUGGGAGUCAAGUUCAAGCCAUAUUCGAAGUAUCCUCCGUGUUACAAAGAUGUUAGUUUUUGGAUCAGUGAAUCUUUCACUGAAAACAAUUUAUGUGAAGUUGUUAGAGAGGUUGCCGGUGAUCUUGCUGAGGAGGUGCAAUUGAUAGACAAUUUCACAAACAAGAAAGGAAUGACCAGUCACUGUUACAGGAUUGCAUAUAGGUCCAUGGAACGGUCACUUACAGACGAGGAGAUCAAUAAGUUGCAGGGUACUGUAAGAGAGUUGGUUGAGAGCAAGCUGAAGGUGGUCUUGAGAUGAGAGUUCCUGGUGCAGUAGCCUAUUUUGGCAGCUCGAAAUUGCUUUCAAGAGAAAUGCUAUAGUGAGUAGCUUAGGUGUGUGAAUAAUUCUCUCGCGGAUGCUUGUAUCUCUGGGCGACUCCCUUGAGCUUACAUGCCGACUAAUGUAUCAGUAGUUCAGUACACAUGUUGGAAUUUGGUCACUGUAGCAAAUUGGGCUAGUAUAGCAAACAACAAAUUUCACAUGACAUCAAGGCAUAUUGAGCAUCCAAAUGAUAUCGCAUCAAAAUUUCACAUGCGCA